AUGGUAGCUGGUGGUGACACCGCCGCCGUUUACGAUGCGGCUCUGUCGCGGCGUCAGGCCCUUAUGGGCGCCUCUGGGCCCAGGGCUUUGGUGAAGAAUGGACGUGUCUUUGCCAUCACUGCAUUUGCUUGCAUCGGAGGUGUUCUCUACGGUUACAAUCAGGGAAUGUUCUCGGGUGUUCUCGCCAUGCCCUCCUUCAAAGAGCAUAUGGGCGCCUAUGACCCACUGGACGACAAUGCUCCCCAAACCCUCAAGGGCUGGCUGACGUCGAUUCUCGAACUGGGCGCUUGGCUGGGCACCCUCCUGUCCGGCUUCCUCGCCGAGUCCAUUUCUCGCAAGUACGGAAUCCUCGUCGCUGUCACGGUCUUUGUCGUUGGUGUCAUUAUCCAGGCGACCGCCAUCACCUCGGCAGGCCACAACUCGAUCCUUGCGGGCCGCUUUAUCACCGGUAUGGGCGUUGGUUCUAUGGCCAUGAUCGUGCCCAUCUACAACUCCGAGGUCGCGCCGCCUGAAGUCCGUGGCGCGCUCGUGGCGCUGCAGCAGCUUGCCAUCUGCUUCGGCAUCAUGAUCUCGUUCUGGAUCGACUACGGCACAAACUACAUUGGCGGCACCUCGCUGGCCACGCAGAGCGACGCCGCGUGGCUGGUCCCCAUCUGUCUGCAAAUUGCCCCCGCGCUGGUCCUCUUCUUCGGCAUGCUAUUCAUGCCCUUUUCUCCAAGAUGGCUCGUCCACCACGACCGCGAGGCCGAGGCCCGCAAGGUCCUCGCCACCCUCCGCGGCCUGCCGCAGGACCACGAGCUGGUGGAGCUCGAGUUCCUCGAGAUCAAGGCUCAGAGCCUGUUCGAGAAGAGGACUGUCGCCGAGCACUUUCCGCACCUGCGCGAACAGACGGCGUGGAACACGUUCAAGCUGCAGUUUGUGGCCAUCGGCGCGCUUUUCAAGACGAGGCCCAUGUUCAGGAGGGUCAUUGUGGCUACUGUCACCAUGUUCUUCCAGCAGUGGACGGGUAUCAAUGCCGUGCUGUACUAUGCCCCUACUAUCUUUAGUGAUCUGGGGCUGGGGAGCACCGAGACAAGUUUGUUGGCUACCGGCGUGGUUGGCAUUGUGAUGUUCAUCGCAACGAUUCCGGCUGUUCUUUGGGUUGACCGUGUCGGUCGACGACCCGUCCUCACUGUUGGUGCUAUUGGCAUGGCUACCUGCCAUAUCAUCAUCGCCAUCAUUGUCGCAAAGAACAUGGACCAAUGGGCCUCCCAGCCAGCUGCUGGAUGGGCUGCAGCUGCCAUGGUCUGGCUCUUCGUCGUGUUCUUCGGGUUCUCCUUCGGACCCUGCGCUUGGAUUCUCGUUGCCGAGAUCUGGCCCCUCAGCACGCGACCUUAUGGUGUCUCUCUGGGUGCUUCCAGCAACUGGAUGAACAAUUUCAUUGUCGGCCAAGUCACGCCUGAUAUGCUCGAAGCGAUGCCGUAUGGGACGUAUAUCCUGUUCGGCGUGCUCACCUUCAUCGGCGCUGGAUUCAUCUGGUUCUUCGUCCCUGAGACCAAGAGAUUGACUCUUGAGGAGAUGGACGUCAUCUUCGGAUCAGAAGGUACGGCCCAGGCAGACUACGAGCGCAUGGAGGAGAUCAACCAGGAGAUCGGACUCAACCAGAUGCUGCGUGGGUCGCCUCACGGUGUGCCUGGUAGCGGCAGCGAUCUUGGGGACGGCGAAAAGGUCAAGCUUGGCGAGCAUACGGAGGAAAAGCUCAACUAA